GGCAGGACGUUUCCUGAAUGUGGUCCUUAACAUGUAUACAUGGUUCGAGCACGUCAGCAUGCUGGUCAUCAUGCUCAACUGCGUGACCCUCGGCAUGUUCCGGCCCUGUGAGGACGUCGCCUGCCGCUCUGAGCGCUGUAGCAUCUUGGAGGCCUUUGAUGACUUCAUCUUCGCCUUCUUUGCUGUGGAGAUGGUUAUUAAGAUGGUGGCCCUCGGGCUCUUUGGUCAGAAAUGCUACCUGGGUGAUACCUGGAACAGGCUGGACUUCUUCAUUGUCAUGGCAGGCAUGAUGGAGUACUCCCUGGACGGGCACAAUGUGAGCCUCUCGGCCAUCCGUACCGUGCGCGUGCUGCGGCCACUCCGUGCCAUCAACCGCGUGCCUAGUAUGCGGAUCCUGGUUACCCUGCUGCUGGACACGCUGCCCAUGCUCGGGAAUGUCCUUCUGCUCUGCUUCUUUGUCUUCUUCAUCUUCGGCAUUGUGGGUGUGCAGCUCUGGGCCGGCCUGCUGAGGAACCGCUGCUUCCUGGAUAGCGCUUUUGUCAGGAACAACAACCUGACCUUCCUGAGGCCAUACUACCAGCCAGAGGAGGGUGAGGAGAACCCCUUCAUCUGCUCCUCACGCCGUGACAAUGGCAUGCAGAAGUGCUCGCAUAUCCCUAGCCGCCGCGAGCUGCGUGUGCAGUGUACGCUAGGCUGGGAGGCGUAUGGGCAGCCACCAGCUGAGGCUGCAGGUGCUGGCCGCAACGGCUGCAUCAACUGGAACCAGUACUAUAAUGUCUGCCGCUCAGGGGACUCCAACCCCCACAAUGGCGCUAUCAGCUUUGACAACAUUGGCUAUGCCUGGAUUGCCAUCUUCCAGGUGAUCACACUGGAGGGCUGGGUAGACAUCAUGUACUACGUCAUGGACGCCCACUCGUUUUAUAACUUCAUCUACUUCAUCCUGCUCAUCAUUGUGGGCUCCUUCUUCAUGAUCAACCUGUGCCUGGUAGUGAUCGCCACUCAGUUCUCAGAGACCAAGCAGCGGGAGAACCAGCUGAUGCGUGAGCAGCGUGCCCGCUACCUGUCCAAUGACAGCACACUGGCCAGCUUCUCGGAACCAGGCAGUUGCUACGAGGAGCUGCUCAAGUACAUGGGCCAUGUCUUCCGCAAGAUCAAGCGCCGUAGCCUUCGGCUCUAUGCCCGUUGGCAGAGCCGCUGGCAUAAGAAGGCAGACCCCAGUGCCACCCUCCAUGGCCAGGGUCCCGGGCAGCGGCAGGCAGGCAGGCGUGCAGCCUCUGUGCACCAUCUGGUGUACCACCAUCACCACCACCACCACCACCACUACCACUUCAGCCAUGGUGGGCCUCGCAGGCCCAAUCCUGACCCUAGUGACACCAGGCUGGUCCGGGCUGGUGUGCCUCUCUGCCCACCCUCCCCGGGCCAGGGGCCACCCAACUCUGAGUCUGUGCAUAGUAUCUAUCAUGCUGACUGCCAUGUGGAGGGGCCACAGGAGAGGGCACGGUUAGCUCAUGCUGCAGCCACAGCCACAGCAAACCUCAAGCUAGCCUCGGGAUUGGGCACCAUGAACUACCCCACCAUCCUGCCCUCAAGCAAAGGCAGCCCCAGCCCCAGGCCCAAGGGGAAGCGGAAUGCUGGAACCUUGGGGGCCACAGGGCACAGCCCCCUGAGCCUGGGCAGCCCUGACCCCUGUGAGAAGAUCCAGCAUGCAGUUGGGGAACACGGCCUGGGCCGGACCCCCAGUCACCUGUCAGGCCUGAAUGUGCCCUGCUCCCUGCCUAGCCCCCCUGCGGGUACACUCACCUGUGCACUGAAGAGCUGCCCGUACUGUGCCAGCGCCUUGGAGGACCCCGAGUUUGAGUUCAGCGGCUCAGAGAGUGGGGACUCAGAUGCCCACGGGGUCUAUGAAUUCACGCAGGAUGUGCGGCAUGGUGACUGCCGGGACUCCGUUCGGCCAUCCCCCACAGUGGAUGUACCAAGCCAGGGCAGUGUGCGGAGACCACAGGGGCAGGCAGCCUCUGGCGAGCCAGGUGGGCUGGGCCGCCUCUGGGCCUCCUUCAGCAGCAAGCUGCGCCGCAUUGUGGAUAGCAAGUACUUCAACCGUGGCAUCAUGGUGGCCAUCCUCGUCAACACACUGAGCAUGGGUGUCGAGUUCCACGAGCAGCCAGAUGAGCUGACCAACGCGCUAGAGAUCAGCAACAUCGUGUUCACCAGCAUGUUUGCCCUGGAAAUGCUAUUGAAGCUGCUGGCCUGCGGCCCACUGGGCUACAUCCAGAACCCCUAUAACAUCUUCGAUGGCAUCAUUGUGAUCAUCAGUGUCUGGGAGAUCGUGGGGCAGGCGGAUGGUGGGCUGUCAGUGCUGCGCACCUUCCGGCUUCUGCGGGUGCUGAAGCUGGUGCGGUUUCUGCCGGCCCUGAGGCGGCAGCUUGUGGUGCUCAUGAAGACCAUGGACAAUGUGGCCACCUUCUGCAUGCUGCUCAUGCUGUUCAUCUUCAUCUUCAGUAUCCUGGGUAUGCAUCUCUUCGGCUGCAAGUUCAGCCUGAAGACAGACACAGGGGACACCAUACCUGACAGGAAGAAUUUUGACUCCCUGCUGUGGGCCAUCGUCACCGUGUUCCAGAUCCUAACGCAGGAGGACUGGAACGUGGUUCUGUACAACGGCAUGGCCUCUACCUCCUCCUGGGCUGCCCUCUACUUCGUGGCCCUGAUGACCUUCGGGAAUUAUGUUCUCUUCAACCUGCUGGUGGCCAUCCUGGUGGAGGGCUUUCAGGCAGAGGGUGACGCCAACAGGUCAGACACAGACGAAGACAAGACAUCCACCCGCUUUCAGGAGGAUUUUGACAAGCUGAGAGACCUACAAGCCACAGCAGAGAUGAAGAUGUACUCACUGGCGAUGACACCCAACGGGCAUCUAGAAGGCCGGGGCAGCCUACCCCCUCCGCUCAUCAUGCACACGGCUGCCACACCUAUGCCCACCCCCCGAAGCUCACCACAUUUGGAUGCAGCCCACGGCCUCCUGGACUCACGGCGUAGCAGCAGUGGCUCCGUGGACCCCCAGUUGGGGGACCAGAAGUCUCUGGCCAGCCUGCGCAGCUCACCCUGUACCCACUGGGGCCCCAACAGUGCCUGGAGCAGCCGGCGCUCAAGCUGGAACAGCCUUGGCCGUGCACCCAGCCUCAAGCGCCGCAGCCAUUGUGGGGAACGUGAGUCACUGCUGUCCGGAGAGGGCAAAGGCAGCACAGAUGAUGAGGCUGAGGACGGCAGGCCAGGCAUGGUGACCUGUCCACUGCAACGUGCUGAAUCCCUGGACCACCGCAACACUCUGGACCUGCGACCCCCACAGCUGGCCACCCUCCUGCCUACCAAGCUCCAUGACUGCCCUGGGCAGACAGUGGCCCUGCCCAGCGAGUUCUUUCUGCGCAUCGACAGCCAUAGGGAGGAGGCAGCUGACCUUGAAGAUGAUGUGGAGGAUAGCUGCUGCUUCCGCCUACACAAGGUGCUGGAGCCCUACACGCCCCAGUGGUGCCGAAAUCGAGAGUCCUGGGCCCUGUAUCUCUUCUCCCCACAGAACAGGCUGCGCACCUUCUGCCAGAAGGUCAUUGCACACAAGAUGUUUGACCACGUGGUCCUCCUCUUCAUCUUCCUCAACUGCAUCACCAUAGCCCUAGAGCGGCCGGACAUCGACCCCAGCAGCACUGAGCGAGCCUUCCUCAGUGUUUCCAACUACAUCUUCACAGCCAUCUUCGUGGCCGAGAUGAUGGUGAAGGUGGUGGCCCUGGGCCUGUUGUGGGGAGACUGUGCAUACCUGCAGAGCAGCUGGAACGUGCUGGAUGGGCUGCUGGUCCUGGUAUCCCUAGUUGACAUCAUAGUGGCCAUGGCCUCAGCUGGUGGAGCCAAGAUUCUAGGCAUCUUGCGCGUGCUGCGCCUGCUUCGGACCCUGCGGCCUCUGAGGGUCAUCAGCCGGGCUCCAGGCCUCAAGCUGGUGGUGGAGACUCUGAUAUCAUCUCUCAGGCCCAUUGGGAACAUCGUCCUCAUUUGCUGUGCCUUCUUCAUCAUCUUUGGCAUCCUGGGAGUGCAGCUCUUUAAGGGAAAGUUCUACUUCUGUGAGGGCACCGACACCAGGAAUAUCUCCACCAAGGCCGAGUGCCGGGCUGCCCACUACCGCUGGGUGCGACGCAAAUAUAACUUUGACAACCUGGGACAGGCAUUGAUGUCCCUAUUCGUGCUGUCAUCCAAGGAUGGCUGGGUGAACAUCAUGUAUGACGGGCUAGAUGCUGUGGGGAUUGACCAGCAGCCUGUGCAGAACCACAACCCCUGGAUGCUGCUGUACUUCAUCUCCUUCCUGCUCAUCGUCAGCUUCUUUGUGCUCAAUAUGUUUGUGGGUGUCGUGGUUGAGAACUUCCACAAGUGCCGGCAGCACCAGGAGGCUGAAGAGGCACGGAGACGGGAGGAGAAGCGGCUGCGGAGGCUGGAGAGGAAGCGCAGGAGCACCUUCCCCAGCCCAGAGGCCCAGCGCCGACCCUACUAUGCUGACUACUCUCACACACGUCGCUCCAUCCAUGCACUGUGCACCAGCCACUACCUGGACCUGUUCAUCACCUUUAUCAUCGGCCUCAAUGUCAUCACCAUGUCUGUGGAACACUACAACCAGCCCAAGUCACUGGACGAGGCUCUCAAGUACUGCAACUAUGUGUUCACCGUCGUCUUUGUCUUUGAGGCCGCACUAAAGCUGGUGGCCUUUGGGUUCCGGAGAUUCUUCAAGGACAGGUGGAACCAGCUGGACCUGGCCAUUGUCCUGCUGUCUAUCAUGGGCAUCGCACUAGAGGAGAUCGAGAUGAACGCUGCACUGCCCAUCAACCCCACCAUCAUCCGUAUCAUGCGUGUGCUCCGCAUUGCCCGCGUGCUGAAGCUGCUCAAGAUGGCCACGGGCAUGCGGGCCCUGCUGGACACCGUGGUGCAAGCCCUGCCCCAGGUAGGGAACCUUGGUCUUCUUUUCAUGCUCCUGUUUUUUAUCUAUGCUGCCCUGGGAGUGGAGCUGUUCGGGAGGCUUGAGUGCAGCGAGGAUAGUCCCUGCGAGGGCCUGAGCCGACACGCCACCUUCUCCAACUUCGGCAUGGCCUUCCUCACGCUCUUCCGGGUGUCCACCGGUGACAACUGGAACGGGAUCAUGAAGGACACACUGCGCGAGUGCGCCCGGGAGGACAAGCACUGCCUCAGCUACCUGCCGGCACUCUCACCCAUCUACUUCGUCACCUUUGUGCUGGUGGCCCAGUUUGUGCUGGUCAACGUUGUGGUGGCUGUACUCAUGAAGCACCUGGAGGAGAGCAACAAGGAGGCCCGUGAGGAUGCCGAGAUGGAUGCAGAGGCUGAGUUGGAGCUGGCACAGGGGCCCCCAGCACACCCCCUGCCCGGGGUGCAGGACAGCCCAGGCUGUGGGCCAGAUGCCCCAAACCUCCUGGUUGUGCGCAAGGUGUCAGUGUCCAGGAUGCUGUCGCUGCCCAGUGACAGCUACAUGUUCAGGCCCGUGGCACCUGCUGCAGCUCCCCACCCACUGCAGGAAGUGGAGAUGCAGACCUACUCAGCUGCCCCCUCAGGCCAAGCCACCUCCGCUCACUCUCCACCCCCGGAGCCCUGUGCCUCCCUCCAGGUCCCACCAGCAACAUCUUCCCCAGCCAGGGGCAGUGACCCGCAGUGUGCUUCACCCCCUCGGGGUGCAUCCCACUCCCCCAGCCUCGGCCGGCUGCUGUGCAGACAGGAGGCUGUGCAUGCUGAGUCACUGGAAGGGCAGGUUGGGGACAGCGGCCCGGAUUCCACAGGUCCUGUAGAGAAGACCCCAGUGAGGAAGGCAUCCCUGGGGGACUCCCUGCAGUCUCCACCCCGUUCCCCAAGGCCUGCCAGUGUUCGAACCCGCAAACACACUUUUGGACAGCGCUGCAUCUCCAGCCGGCUCCUGGCCCCUGGCGGAGAUGAGGCUGAAGCCGCGGAUCCAGCAGAUGAGGAGGUCAGGCACAUCACCAGCUCUGUCCACUCAUGGCCUGCUGCUGAGGCUCACAACCCCGAGACCUCCCCUGCAGCCCGAGGGGUAGCAGGCAGCGGGCGGGACCUGCACAGGCUCUGCAGUGUGGACGCCCAGGGCUUCCUGGACAUGCCAGGUCGGGCAGACACACAAAGGUGGCCCUCAGUGGAGCUGGGUGGUGGUGAUGGCCACCUGGAGCCUGGGGAAGUAAAGGCCCGGGUUCCGGAGCUCGAGCCAGCCCUGGGGGCACGCAGAAAGAAGAAGAUGAGCCCCCCUUGCAUCUCUGUGGACCCCCCUGCAGAGGAAGAGGGCUCUGCACGGCCCCCAGUGGCAGAGGGCAGCAGUACUCUCCGGCGUAGAACCCCAUCCUGUGAGGCUGCACCCCACAGGGACUGCCCGGAGCCCAGUGAGAGCACUGGAGGGGACUCUGCUGCCAAGGGGGAUCGGUGGGGCCAGGUCCCCUGCCGGGCAGAGCACCUAACAGUCCCCAGCUUUGCCUUCGAGCCACUGAACAUGGGCGGCCCUAGUGGGAGCCCCUUCUUGGACAGCAGUCAGAGUGUAACCCCAGAGCCCAGAGUUUCUUUCUCAGGGGCUACGGUGCCUCUGGAUCCCCAUGAAACAGAGCCUUCUGUGCCCUCUGUGGACCCUUCAGAGAGGGGGCGGGGACUCUACCUCAUGGUUCCCCAGACCCCACUGAAGAAAUUGGGCUCCCCCACCACCACCCCUGCCCCAAGUGACAGCGCAGAUGAGUCCGUGUAGCUCAGGGCACACAGGGCUUUAGCACGGGGUUAGGGACACCCUGUAGGGCAGUGGCCCCAGACAGGCCAAGAGUGGGCCCUGGCUCAGACCCCACGGUGGGUAGAGGAGCCAGGGAGGACAGCCCAGCAGAGGCAAGUGGGCACAUUCUGUGCACCAUGUUGUGGAAGUCAUGGCCCAUGACCUCUGUCCGUUCACUGGGUCAGUUCAGGUCUGAGUUUUCCUGAGUUUUGCCGCUGCCACCAUCUGCGGCCGUGUAAGGCCUAUCAGCAGGCCUGUGACAAGACGCUGUGUCCAUAGGAAAGGGAACCACAGCACUGUCCCCACACUCCACUGUUACAGGGAGCACACGCUUGAGCCUCAGGCCCUCAGCAACAGGCUCGGUCCCUGAGGCUACCACAGCCAGUGUCACCUCUGCUCACAGUCUGAGUCUCCAUACAUCACCUUCCACACUCCCCCUCCCAUGCCACCCCUUUACAUCAGCUUGGGUGUUCCAGGCACAUCCUGUGACUCUGGGAAGGCCACCUCACCAGGGCCUUUUGACCUGUGCAAUAACACGCCCCGGCCCCAUUCUGAUGGCGCCUCUGAUCUGUGCAGCCCCUGUGGCCUGGAGGUUGAGUUGACGUCCCUCUGUUCUGUUUUGUUCCCUUGUCUUAUAAAUUCAGGUUACGUGUUGCAAUAAUCUGAUCAGAAAACUCACCUUCUUAAGGAAAAGGGGAGGGAAGGGGCAAAGCAGAAUAAAUAUUAACUUAUUUAAGAAAUGCACUUUGGUUCCACCUCAGAAUCAAGUGUCCGAGGUCGGGCGGGAUUGGGAGCUAAGCCAGGGCCUGUACAACUAGCUGUUGGCCACCAAGAUGCCCAAGACCAGCAGCCACAGGAGGCCAACCAGAAAGAGGCCGCCAGAAGGGAAAGCCUCCACCCCCUUCUCUGGCAUGUGGUGAUGGAGCCACUCAAAUAGUGCCGGGACGCGGUGUAGACCCCAGGCCCUUCAGGGCAGCCACAGCCCUUUUCCCAGCUGACCACACCAGCUUUAUAGCCAGGUCUCCAUCCCUCUGGCAGACCAGAGGCCCUCUGGAGUCAUUCUGUAGGCAGAAAAGGGUGAGAACAGGCCACUAAGGAGUCAGGAGGCCUCACCCGUACCCGAUGGAUGUCCCAAGUCCUGUCCACACUGCAGUUCCUGUUGAAUAGCAUUGUCUAGGCUGGAGUAGGCCUUCUGCAGGUCCACCAUGGAGAUUUCUGACUCCUGCAGGUUGUAUGGGGGUCACAGAGGCUCCAGGGGAGGUAUAGGCUCAUGGGAUGUCAGGGCUCCUGCCCCUGCACUGCUGGGAAUAAGGAUGGGCCAUGUCUCUCACUCAGGUACAGACUCUGUACCAAGGUUACGUGGUCACUGGCCCACCUUGGCCCUGGUGUGAACAGAUGUGUAGUGGGCUCUGAGGUGGGGGAGCCGUGGGGUUAGGUGAUGGUUCCUCUCCGAGUGUCACUUCCUCCAUCCCCACAGACAGGGUGAUGGAAGGGUCCCUCACCCCUCCUGUGUGUAGCUCCAGCCUGUCAUCCAGCGCUGCAUCCCAAGGUGGAAGUCAGCCAAAGCCUCUGUGAGGCAGACAGGUAGGACCUAUCUGGAGAGGGCCACCCGGAUGCACAAGGACGAUGUCCCAGCUAGAUCCCGGAGGUCCUGGGGAGUUGGGGUAUAGGUUGACCCACAUCGUGGUAAAGAAGUUGGAGAUGUGGCUAUUAGCAGCUCUUCCAAGUAGACCUGAUAGUUGGAUUAAUUCAGGGAAUUGGAGGACAGGGCAUGGGCAUGGGGUCUUCUCCACCAAACGGCCAGCUGCAGAGGCAAGAGAACAUCGAGAGCCUACCUUGGCCAGGUUCCAACUGUCCCUCCUCACCCACUGAGGUCUAACCCUGGGCUCCAGCUGUGCUGCAAGACUGUGGUGGCACCUUGGAUCCCUGCUGCUCCUGACAGGAAGGUGUCAAGCAUGAUGGAGGCCAGUGACUCUUCUGAGCCCUAGAGGGGCUGAUCGCGGGGGAGAUUGCAGGUUUCACCAGUGGGGAGCGGGGAGCUGCCUGGCCCAAGAGAUAUGCAAAGAUGCACAGAAGCAGUCUCAUGUCUUGGAUCACCAGCCAGUUUAGCAGAUAUGUUCUCUGAGCUCUGUAGCUGUGCACUACCACAUCAAGUGGACAGAUGGUAAUGUAGUUCUCCCUCUUUACUAAAGAGGAAACUUAAGUUUCCCUGGCAGCAAUGAGCAUCCACAGGGUGCUCCAUAUACGUGCACCUUCCGCAGGCAGGGGCUGGCCUACCACAACCACAAGCUAGCCAGGGCAGUAUGAUUCCCUGCAUCCAAAACCUGGGGCUGGCCACACCCUGAGCCAAGAGGGGAGGUGGCGGGGGUCCUCAGCCUGCUUCCCACCCACUGCCCUUUUUCUGGAAGCCUCCCUCACCACCCCUCCUACCUUGGGGAUCUUCUGUCUGUUGGGAGCUCCCCAGAAAGAUUGUGUAUGCAGAAAAUGAUAGCCCAGAAGUAAGAAACACCCCAGCUCCUCAGCCUUGGUUUCUAAUGUAGCAGGACCCUGGGAGAUGGGGGCCAGGGAAAGAGCUCAGAGAGUCAGGUACCACAAAGACCCGAGGCUAGGAGGUUGGGAGUAGCUACUGGAUAGGAAUGGGGCUUCCUUUUGGGUUGAGAAUAGAGGCUAUGUCAACAACAUUGCAAAGGAGCUAGAUGCCGCCCCAGUGAGCACUUUAUUAUGGUUAAUUUUCUUAUGUUAAUUUCACCUCAAUAAAAAAUAUUUUUAAAGCCA